UUGUCCAGGGCAGCUGCCGGGCCCUCCCACCAGGCCGCCUGUGGGGACCACCACCCUCCCAGCCUAAGUUCCGGGCUGGGGGCACAGCGGGUGGAUGGCAGCGCCAGGAGCAGGGGCGGCCAGUUCCGGGCCGGUGCUUGGAACUGCACCUGCCAGAGGGCUGGAGGAGGCGGGGAAGUGCUGGAAGAGAACCCCACCCCCAGGCUGACGCCCACGCCCGAGGCCCACGCCCGAGGCCCACGUCCUACCCUACGCCCGACGUCCGAUGUCCAUGCCUGACGUCUCUGCCGGACACCCAGCCACGCCCGCGCCCUCCAGCAGAGCCGAGCUGUCCGCAGCAGGAGGCCUACGUCCCCUUGAGCAGACCCUGCCCAGUGGCAGAGGUGGGGCGCUGAGGGGCUUGUGGCCUGCACUGGUGGAUGUCCAGCCCGGAGGACUCGGGGACACUUGGGGUGGCAGAGCCCGGGAAGAAGAGCCGCUCACUUGCGGUGCCUCUGCCAGGCGGGACUCCGCGGCCCGGGCGGCCUCUGGUGGAGUCAUGCUUCCUGCAGGCGUUGCUGUCUCUGGAUGUCGUGAUACAGUCUCGCGGAGCCGGCUUUCUGGGAUCGAGCCAGCCCUGCUUUCCUGGGCCGCCCACGCAGCCGUCACUCCACAGGCGGCCAUUCUCCCUGUCGCUCAGGUCCCGCCUCAGGCCACACGAAGGUGCCCGCUGUUCUCAGCCUCGGUUUUUGGCUCCGGCCUCUACUGAAGUUCAUCAGGUCGUUUUCUGCUUGUCUCAGACAACUCUGCACAGCGCCAGAGACGACCACGCAGCUGGGCAUUCACACGGUGGGCAAGCUCUCAGGAGUGGAAACGCCUGCGCUCAGGGAUGGAGCGUGGCACUGCGGGGGCGGCCCACACGUCUCCUGAGUGUCGGUCACCACCGGCCCCUCAGCGGCACGUGGGAGAGCCCCUCCGCGCCCCGGGCAGCACUGGCGGGUGCCGAGUCGGGGCCCCUGCCUGGGGGCGGGGGACCACGCCGCCGGGCUGCGCCCAGUGCCUCGGUUUGGACUCGCCACUGCGCCAGAGUCUUUCUGCUCGCACGACGCAGGUGCUCGUCCGGGUCUCUGGCGGCUCUGAAGUCCGCGCCUGUCUGUCCGGUGGCUGGGCCUGCCCGGCGGGGCCCCCUCUCCGCGUUCCGGGCGUCUCCUGCUCCCGCCUCCCGGGGGCUCCCCGGCCUCCGAGGUGCCUCGUGCGCCGCGUGCCCGGCCCGGUCACUGCCUUGUCCUUCGCCGGUCUGCGCUCGCGGUCUCACUUGGGAGCCUUUGCACGACAAAUGUUGGAUAAAAUUCCUGUGACAUUUGACACAUUCAUGUAUUCACUAUCCAAUGAAACUGACCACACUGACCUACCCGUCCAUUUUGAUGUUUAAUUAAAUUUCGGGUGUAUUGCAAGUUUGACAAUUAAAAUAAACCAAAAUAAAGACUAGAUUUUGGA